AUGGCGCUGAGUGCAUAUCAAGAGGAGGAUCCCAGUCUGAAGAGACCAUUGUUGCGGUGGGAACGUUGGUUAGGCUACUCAGGCGUGGCCGCCUUCUAUGACUCUGAAGGCACCAGAGAGAGGAAACAUGGCCAAGCCGGAGUGGUCAAGAUAUGGUAUCCUGAUCCAUCCAUUGCUGAUGAUUGGAAGCGCGCGGAAACGAAGGAUCGACGCGUUGACUUCGAUGCAAUCAGGGGCUGGCUCGAGGAGUGUGGCAAGUCUCAUAAUCGUUGCAAGUUCAGCAUACAAGGGGCACCCUGGGGUCUGAAAGUCAUUGAUUGCAUGGAGAGGACUAUCAUUGCUGCGCGAGCAGGAUGCCGAUACGUGGCGUUGUCGUACGUGUGGGGUGGAUUUAUCUUCAAGGCAGACAUGAAGUCCGGAGUUCUGCCUUCUGAGCUCCCUCGUACCAUUGAGGACAGCAUGCAAGCUACAUUGCUUCUCGGAUAUCGGUAUCUCUGGGUUGAAUUCGACAGAUGGAUUUGA